AUGGUAUUGAAUCUACCGAUAGAGUUCCCUUUUCGAUAGACUCAAUAAGAAAAACACAAUGAAAUUCCAUGGUGAGGCGAAUGAAUCUGGAUUGCUGGCGUCGCCCGAUUGGGAAGGCAGAGGGCGCUUACGGAAGCACAACACGUGCUUCUCCUGUUGAUUUCUGCCUCAGGCCGAAUAUUUCGCAUCUCCCUCCCACUUCUGCCUCUCGACACUUUCAACCAUCAAAUCACGGCCAUCUUUUAGAGAAUCUAUCUCGAGGAUCGCCCUCUCUCCGCCUUGCUAUCAGUUGCUCCAGAUAAAUCCUUUGGCUAGCCAGAAUCGAUGCUGCCCGCUACUCAGCCCCGAGGCAGUGUCUGCCCCUCGUAUCUGGCUGUCGCGAGGCUGCCCAUCCACCUCGUUUCCUCGUCUCAUCAGCAUCCAUCUACACAGACAGACACGCAGUGAAUUUACGGUCGCGAU